AUGGAUGAUGAAUAUAUCGAGAGCCCAGUAUUACAUGACCCGCGAUGCGCAGCUUUUCCUGACCUUGGAAACGUGGUCAUUGCCGUCAAGACUGGGGCCACUGAGGUUCAGAGACGGCUUCCAAUACAAAUGCUCACCUCAUUACGGUGUGUUCGAAAUGUCAUGGUCUUUUCUGACUUGGAAGAGGACGUAGCCGGCUUCCACAUCCAUGAUGCGCUGGAUAUGAUCCCAAGCUCUGCAAUGGAGGGGAAUUCUGACUUCGCUUUCUAUUUGAAGCAGAAAGAGUUAAAGAAGUAUGGCGAGGUCGAGGCUAUGAUGGGCGGAGUCCUUGAUCCUCGAAGGCCAGAAGACCUUGCUGCUUGGACACUCGACAAGUACAAACAGGUGCAUAUUCUGGAGAAGAUUUGGGAUGCCUUUCCGGAACGAGACUGGUACAUGAUGAUUGACGCAGAUACCUACUUGUCCUGGUCCAAUCUCCUCUUGUGGCUGGAACGCCUUCCGGACCCAUCGGAAAAGUCCUAUCUCGGUUCUCCAGCACGUUGGGCAGAAGUCGCAUUCGCUCACGGAGGUAGUGGCAUCCUCAUGUCUCGAGCGACAGUCUACGAUUUUGCCGUCACCCACAACGGUUCGGCGGCAAGCUGGGACAAACCCAUGCACGAGGAAUGCUGCGGAGAUUAUGUCAUUGGAAUGAUCUUGAAGGAGCGUGGCAUCAUCCUAAAAGAAUCGUGGCCGACUAUCAAUGGAGAAAAUCCAGUGACACUACCCUUCGGAUCUACACACUGGUGCGAACCAAGUGUUACCAUGCACCAUGUCCAGCCAAACCAUAUGAGCAUCAUUGCCAACUUCGAAAGGUCGAGGGCUAAUCAGACGUCGCCUUGGACCUUUUCGGAUUUCUUCAACGCAGUCGUUAGAAACAACCUUCCCGAUGAACUGGAAGACUGGGAUAGUCUUUCUACAGAUACCAUGGAACAGGCUGAGUCGUAUAACGCAUGCAAACAAAGGUGUGAACAAGCCAAGGAAUGCUUUCAAUUUGCUUUCGACGGAAAGAGGUGCGGUUUAGGAAAGAGUAUCCAUCUCGGUCAGAGAAGGGAUCAGAAGGACAACAAGAAGUGGCGAAGUGGAUGGAACAAGUCAAAGAUCGAGCAGUGGAUUGCAAAACAACCUCCUUGCCAUCCGACGUUCCCUCACACAUGAGCCGUCUAUACUACACAUGUAACGACACGACAUGCGUUCUAGUUAGCAACCGCUGACAUGCACUUCAAACAAGCCUGUAUAGAAGCCUGUAUAGAAGCCUAUAGAAGUCUGCUGCUCUUCACAAUCGACUUAAAGUGAUGAUGAGACCGAGUGGUAAUCAAUCACUAAUGUGAUGGUUCCGAUCCUAGGUAUCGU